AUGGUGGGUGAAAAAGUACAGAAGAUGCCGCUGCAACGAUUGGGCAGCUGUAAGCUGUUUACCAGCACCUUUCGGUUUCGGAAGAAAGCAGCAAUGAAUUUGGGAUGCAUGGAAUGCUGGCUGGAAUCGUCGACAUUCCAGGAAAUUAAUGCACAACGCAUUGCUGAGGAUUUUUUACGGCAUCUUCCUCCAGCACAAGAAACGAUCGUCGUCUGGUACGUGGCCGCAAGAAAUUGUAUUAACCUAACGUGA